CGCCAAUCAGAGUCUCGCCAAGGCACCGCCCCCAGACCGUGUUUGCCCCGCCCCUUCAUCGUCACUUCCUCUCUAACCCUUGCGCAGUCGAUAAGGAAACCCGGACGCCCCCUCGGCCUUCCUUUUUUCAGGCAGCCGGGAAGAUGGCGGACAUUCAGACAGAACGUGCGUACCAAAAGCAACCGACCAUCUUUCAAAAUAAGAAGAGGGUCCUGCUUGGAGAAACUGGCAAAGAAAAGCUCCCUCGAUACUACAAGAACAUUGGUCUGGGCUUUAAGACUCCAAAGGAGGCCAUCGAGGGCACCUACAUUGACAAGAAAUGCCCUUUUACUGGUAACGUCUCCAUUCGAGGGCGGAUCCUGUCUGGCGUGGUGACCAAAAUGAAGAUGCAGAGGACCAUCGUCAUCCGCCGAGACUACCUUCACUACAUCCGAAAGUACAACCGCUUCGAGAAGCGCCACAAGAACAUGUCCGUGCACCUCUCUCCCUGCUUCAGGGACGUCCAGAUCGGUGACAUCGUCACGGUGGGCGAGUGCCGGCCCCUGAGCAAGACCGUGCGCUUCAACGUCCUCAAGGUCACCAAGGCUGCCGGCACCAAGAAGCAGUUCCAGAAGUUCUGAGACUGGACCUCUGCCCACUGCCCCAAACACAAUAAAGAUAUUUUCCCCGUCA